AUGUCCUUCACAUCAAAAGCGUCUCAACACCAAGCUGAACAAACAGUAAAUAAACUAUUUGCAGAUAUACUACAUACGCAACCAAGAGCAACAACAACAAGAUCAACAACAACAACAACAACGAAAGCCGCUAAAGAUCGUGAUGCCAAACUAUCUUCAACGCAAAUCCUAACUAAUCAACUCAUGCAAGGAUCAAAACCCGCUUCGACAGCCCGAUCCAAACAGCAACAGAAACGUAAAUUACACCAAAAGAUCAAAAAGAAAGAAGCCCAAGAUAAGAAAUUCCAGAAAUUUAUCAAGUACAAUCAAAUCUUAUCCAAACUGCCAUCAUCAAGAACCGAUGCUGAACGAGCCUACAUCAACAAAUUGAUCCGCAAGAAUACCAAUCAAUUGAAACAGCUAUCUCACAUUGACGAUUUCGAAAUCGAAUCGGAAUUGGAAGCUGUCAAACUGCAAUUAUUAAAUGAAUUGCACCACCACCCGACACUGAAAUCAAGAAUAAGGAAAAAAUUAACUGUGCCUAAACAAAAGAGUAGCGCCACCGAUGAAGAAGGUUUAACGAAGCAAGAUUUUAUCGAUUUCGAUGAUAAAGUUAAACGUGGCUUGAUUUCAGUUCCCGGUUUAACACCAGGUUUGGCUCCAGUUGAUGAAAAUGAAUCGGAAUCAGACUCAGAAUAG